UCGGUCGCGCGAACGGGAGAGAUAAUCGGUGAGUGUGCGCGGCGUAUAUUAUAUUCAACCGAAAUUUAUUGGAAAAAAAAAAAGGGUAUCUCGCGUUAUUUGUUAUUAUUAAAUAUUCCAACAUACAUACGGGCACGUAUGAUUUUUCUAUAUAGUGUUGUUAUUAUUUUUCGUCGGCGUGUGUGUGCGAUUGUGAGUGCGUGCGUGCGAGUGUGAGUGCGCGACAGUGUGCAUGUAUACGUGAGAUUUUUCAUCGUCGUCGCCGUCGUUUGUACUACGGAAAAUUAAUUACAAUAAUAAUAUAUAAAUUGUUAUUAUUAUUAUUGUCGUCGUGCCGAUUCCGGUGUAUAUUCGCCGUUCGUCCCAAAUAGGUGCGUCGUAACCUUUUGCCGUCCUAACCUCGUUUUUGGCCGUUCGUUCGUCUUUACACGGGCAAACGUUUACGGUGUGUGUGUGAGUGUGUGUGUGCAUGUGUGUUAUCGAGUGGCCGCCACACUUGCGCGCGUGUAAACCACCGUCGUCGUCGAGUAUUAUUUUCUUUUUUUUUUCUUUGGCCAUGUUGGACGCCGGCGUUGCGGACACCGCCGACGACACGCUGUUAUUCCAGUGCACCACCGGAUACGAAAUAUUAUUACGGUCGAUAUAGUGCAACCGAUACGACGUACACCACACACAUAAGCGUACGGUUUCUGGUUGAUACAAAUAUAGUAUAAUAUACCCGCGCGCGUAAAAUAUUUUUUGUUGUUAUAAUAUAGGAAAUUUCGUUUUUUUUUUAAAUCAUAUUUUUGUGCAUAUUUUAUUCUGCGUUGUCUUGUUAUCGUAUGUGAUGUACGCGACGCGAUUGUGUUCGAUAUUCGGUUCGCCGAGCGCGAACGGCGCGGGCAUAACGUAGUGGCCGACUCGAGUUAUAUUAUGUACGCUGGCGUUGACGGGUGGCGGCGGCGGGGUGUUGGCAAACGUUCUGCUGCCUGUACCUUCUAACAUGGCUGCUGCACACGCGGAAAACCAACCGAGCGGCGACGUGAACAAUCGCGACCAAGAAAGGCCGCCGCUGGACGUGCCCGGCUUCCAAAAUGGCAGCCACGAACGCAGGACCCCCAUGAGCCUUCAGGCUCCCGAGUCGCCCAAAAGCGGCAAGCAGCAACAACAGCAUCAGGCGUCCGUCAACCACCACAACUACGACGGCAUGGCCGGCGGAGGUGGCGGAAGCGGACCCGGUCCAGGCAACGGCGGGCCACAGUACGGUCGACCCGAGCACGGCGUUGAUCAGCCGACCGGCGACGGUGAAUCGCCAAAGGUGAAUAAUUUCGAACAGGCGCCGCCCGACAAAGACGGUUAUCCGCCGCCGUCUCCGGGCGGGUUCCGCAACAGUUUUGGACACCAUCCACCACUCAACGAACAGCACCAUACCAACAGCAAUUCUGAGCCCAAUAGCUUCAACCAGUUCAGGCACGCAUACUCAAAACCCAUGAUGCGUGUGCCGGGACCACCAGGUGCAAUGUUUCCGCAGCAGCGAUACCACAUGUCCGGUCAGAGUAUAUCGCAGCCUACUGGACCCACACCCACGCUCAAUCAAUUGCUGCAGUCGUCUAAUCCGGCAACGAGGUAUCAAAAUAACUAUAGUAGUGAGUACCAAAAACCCGAUGGCCAACCACCACCGCCGGUACAAAAUCAGCAACAUUAUAAUCAGAACUGGCCGCCUCCUCCGCGCCACAACAUGCCACCUUACCCUACUCAACAUGGCAUGCCCUAUAGAAAUGUCGCUCCAGGGGCGAACCCCAGAGGACCGACUCCACCUCCGUCGCCGGGCCAUCCAGCGCAUUAUCCUCCACCGCCGUCUUCGCCCACUGGAUACCAGCAGCAUCAUCGGGUACCGCCGCUGCAUCAUCAGUAUCCGCCGGGGCCCCCCGGACCGCCGCCGCCUCAGCAGCAGCAGCAGCAACAACAGCAGCCACAACAGACACCUUAUGGCAGCUACCCGAAUCAGCAACAGCAAGCACCACACACUGAUCGACAACAGCAGCAGCAGCAACCUCAGAUUCCUCCGCAGCCACACGUCGGCGGUCCGGGCCCGGCGGCAUCGGCCAGCCCGCCGGCCGCGCCGCCCGUACCUCAGUCGCAAAAUGCCCAACAACACCCGUCGCCCCCUCCGCAGCAGUUGCAGCCCCCUCAGCAACAGCAGCAGCAGCCACCACCACCUCCUCACCAAUCACCACCGCAAGUUCAUCCAGAUUUAACGAGUCAGAACAGCAACGACAGCAAUUGUGGUGGCGGUGGCACGGGCAACGGUGGCACGCCACUGCGGCCGUCGCCGUCGCCGACGGGAUCCACGGGUUCGCGGUCCAUGUCGCCCGCUGUUACGGCGUCGGGCGGACAAACGCAGCAGCAGCAGCAACAACAAAACAUUCCAAUGCCACCCAGGCCUCCGAGUAGCCAGCCACAACAACAGCCUCAGUCGGACCAGGGACAAGCUGGGCAGGGCAACAACAACAGGAUGAGCCAUUCGCCGAUGGGCCCGCAACAAGGGUAUCAACAGCAGCCUUCCCCUCAAUCCCAGGGUAGCAUGCCGCCUCAUAUGGCGUCGCCGGGAGGUCCGUACAAAAUGCCCGCACCCAGCCCUUAUGGCCCUCCGCCUCCAGCCACUUCGCACGGUGGAUAUCCGGCGCAACAACCGCCCCCGCUGAUGGGAUCUUAUCCGCAACAACCUCCCGGUAAUUAUGGUGCGAGACCGGGUUUACCUUAUCAAGGCUACCCGCCAACUAAUAGUAGCGGCCCGCAACAACAGUACUCUCCUAGAACCAUGUCGAUACACCAUGGAUCACCACAUCAAUUCCCGCCUUAUCAGGGAUGGCCUAGCAAUUGUCCGCCACAAGUACCACCACCUCCAUUAAACAAUAGUCACCACAGCGGUCCUGUUCAGCCACUUACACCAACCAAAGUACCUCCUCCAUCAUCCUCCCCUCAACAACAACAACAACUGCAGCAACAACAACAACUACAACAACAACAACAACAACAACAACAACAGCAGCAACAACAACAACAACAACCACCACAACAACAACAAUCACAUCCACACCAACCUCCAUCAAUGCAACACCCUUCUCCUGCACAAUCACCAUUACAUCAUCACCAUCCUCAUCACCCACUCCCAGGACCACAUAUGCAUCCACAUGCCCAUCAAAUGCAUCCGAUGCAACAGAGUCCUUCUUCUGGACCGCCACCGCCUGUCUCACCUGGUCCCAGACCGCACACACCACCUCAUCCACACUACCUCAAACAGCACUUACAGCAACAACAUAAAAUGCCUGGAGGUUACCAGAGCUCAGGCCCAGUGCCACCUAGUCCAGGUCCAGGCAACUAUUGCAAUUCAAUGUCUCCUCAUAGCAUGGGUCCACCGGCACCAGUUCAAUCUAAUGCUGGCGCCCCAAUGGCACCACCAAAUGUUUCAAUGAUGUCUGUUGAUCACGAAGGAUCCCAACAACAAAACCUUAGUGGAGUCGUCACUUCAGUUAUUACGACCGGUCCUGAUGGUACUGCUAUCGAUGAUGCGAGUCAACAAUCGACCUUAUCAAAUGCUUCAGCUGCUUCCGGAGAUGAUUCCAAUUGUACAACACCUAAAAGAAAAGAAAAUAUGAGUGGUAAUAUGAUGUAUCAACAAGGAAUGGGAGGAGUAAUGGGACCCCCUUGUUCGCCAGCUCAUGAUGAGUAUUCUAAUCCAGAACCAAUGGCUCCAGCUUGGUCUAGAGGACCUCCGCCCCAUAAUCCAGUAUUUAACAGCCAUAUGGCUCCGACCGAACACAUAUACCGACCAAAGAAGCAUGACAGUUUGAGUAAACUGUAUGAAAUGGAUGAAAAUCCAGAGCGGCGAAUUUGGUUGGAUAAAUUAUUGCAAUUCAUGGACGAAAGAGGAACGCCAAUCUCUACGUGUCCAACUAUCUCCAAAAACCCCCUUGACUUAUUCCGCUUGUACAUAUACGUUAAAGAGCGGGGGGGUUUCAUGGAGGUAUGCAAGGUGCAGUCACAAGUAACAAAAAAUAAAAUUUGGAAAGACGUUGCCGGUCUUUUGGGUAUUGGUGCUUCAUCCAGUGCUGCGUACACACUACGAAAGCAUUAUACAAAAAACUUAUUGCCGUAUGAAUGCCAUUUCGAUCGCGGGGGUAUAGAUCCUGUGCCUAUUAUUAACCAGAUUGAAUCUUCUACCAAAAAGAAAAGUUCGAAGGCCACGUCCGUGCCCUCUCCAGGUUCUGCAGGAUCUAACUCUCAAGACUCUUUGCCGUCGGCUCCAAAUGCUCAAGGAUCUGGUCACGUUGACGGCUAUCCAGGCUACGGCGGUGGUUACGGUGGUCCACAAGAUUACAAUUCCCCUCAAAGGCCUCCACAUCCUCCUCAUGGAAUGCAAGGAAGUUACCAGGGACCCGGUGGAUACAACCAAUACCCUAGCAGCAACGAUCAAUACGGCCAACACUAUCCACCAGCUAGCGCUCCUGUUAGUUACCCAACUGGACCAGUUAGGCCGUCAAUAUAUCCGCCUUAUUCUAAUGAAGCCGAUAGGAAUUAUGGAGGGUCUGUUCCUCCACAAGGACCUCCAAACGUUCCCCCGCAAGGUCCGGGUAAUGGCCCAGACCCAUAUAGUCGUGGUCCAGUCCCGUCCGGCUACCAACAACCCCCUAGAUUCCCAGGUCCGCCUCUUCCGAAUUCUACACCGACUACAGCUAAUCAGACGCAAGGAGUGUCGGUGUCCACUCCUGGCGGAUUUCCACCCACUGGACAACCACCUCAAUCUGAUUAUUAUCGACAAGAACCACCUGCGAGUCCAGGAUACUCACCUACUAGCGCGCCGCCGGGUGCCUACCCUGGAAAAGGUAUGCCGCCACCACAGCCACGUCGGCAUCCUGAUUUUGCUAAAGAUCAAGCUGGGCCACCACAACCUGCUGGUUAUCCUGGUUAUGGCCCACAACAAAGGCCGAUGUAUCCAGGUCCCAGCCCUGGUCCAGGGCCCGGUCCAGGUCCUGGGUGGUCAGGUACACCUAAUGCCGCCAACCAAUACCCUAGACCAGGAUAUCCACCUGGAUCGCAGCCACCACAAAAUUGGUCUCAGGGUCCACCUCGGUCUAUGCCACCAUCACAUCUAGGACAACCUCCACAAUGGGAUCAACAUAGAUAUCCGUCUCAAGGACAGCCACCCUAUGGAGCACAACAAAACCAUUGGGGUUCUAUGCCUCAGUCACCAAUGAGAAUGCCUAGACAUGGUUACCGUCCAGAUGGAAGUAAACCGUAUGGACCUCAUGGUCCAAUGGCACCUCCUUCUCAUAUUAAACCUGGAAUGUCUGGUCAGCCGAUGUUUCAAGGAAGCGGUUUAUUAAAACGUGAUGUGAUUUUUCCACCAGAAAGUGUGGAAUCCGUGACGCCUAUCCUUUACAAACGUCGUCGUAUUACUCGUCAAGACAUUACCCCAGUAGACGGAUGGCGUUUAAUGAUGUCAUUACGCUCUGGUCUUUUGGCCGAAUCUACAUGGGCAUUAGAUGUGCUCAAUAUUUUGUUAUUUGACGACUCGUCCAUUCCCUAUUUUGGCCUUUCUCAUAUGCCUGGCUUAUUAGACAUAUUGUUAGAGCAUUUUCGACAGUCGCUAAUCAACAUGCUGGAAACUGACGUAAAGUCUUAUUGUUGGUAUGAAAAAUCAAAAGUUGUAGAAGAUAUACCGGAAAUCGGUAUUGUCGACAAUAUCAAUGCAUCUGAAAAAGCAUAUUUCCCAGAUCCAUCAAUACCAUCACAACGGCCGAUAAAAAGUUCAGCUAUCGUAGAUGGCUCUAAAGAAUUAUUCAUCAAAAAUGGAAAAAGGCCUUGGGAUGUUGUCGACAAUUAUGAUAUGGGCUACAACAUUGCAGAAACGGAUACCAGUUUUCUGGUGCCAUGUUUUCGGUCAGAAUUUGGACUCGUACCCUUUGUUAAGUUAUUGAAAAGCAAUAAAGUCAAAGUGGAGGAUGUUGUACAAGACAACAAAACAUUGGUGAAAAAAGAAGACGAAGAGUUGGACAAUAAAGAGUCUGUACGGAAUGGUAUUGAUAAUGUAGUAAAUAAUAAAAAUAUAAAAAUUUGUGACCCAAUGGGUGUGUUACAACGCAAGAGUAUAUCAGAAUAUGAAGAUGAGAGUUAUUCCAAAGACGAGUCGAGUCUUUCGCUGAUAUCGGAUAGUCAAGAUACAAUCGGCAAAAGGUGUGUGUGCAUAUCAAAUAUAUUGCGGAACUUAUCUUUUGUGCCUGGCAACGAAUUGGAAUUCUCCAAAAGCGGUCCGUAUUUAGGUCUUGUAGGCAAACUUUUAUUAACCCAUCACGAACACCCUCUACGAUCAUCGAAAACCAGAAAUUACGACAAAGCAGAUGACGAUACAGAAUUAUUGUUUAACUGUACUACGACAACGGAUGCCGAUACAAUUGAACCGGGCAACGAUCCUAAAUGGUGGUGGGAUUAUUUAGAUGUUGUCCGAGAAAACUUGCUAGUUUCUCUGGCCAAUAUUGCUGGUUAUGUUGAUUUAAGUACAUUUAAUGAAGACGUGUCACGACCCAUUUUGGAUGGUCUUUUACAUUGGGCCAUUUGCCCUGCGGCGGCAGGUCAAGAUCCGUUCCCUACCGCACCGCUGUCUCCCCAACGGUUGGCCCUAGAAUGUUUGUGCAAACUGUGUGUGACCGACAGCAAUGUCGACUUGGUCAUAGCCACACCUCCAUACUCGCGUUUGGAAAAACUAGCCAACGUACUCACUAGGUUGUUGUGCCGCACGGAAGAACAAGUGUUAAGGGAAUUUGCUGUCAACCUAUUACAUUAUUUAGCUGCCGCCGACAGUAGUAUGGCUCGUACAAUAGCUCUACAAAGUCCUUGUGUAUCACUUUUGGUAGCAUUUAUUGAACAGACCGAGCAAAACGCACUGAGCGUUGUAAAUACACACGGACUAAACGCUCUUCGUGACAACCCAGAUUCAAUGGGGACCAGUCUGGACAUGCUGAGGAGAGCGGCACGUAUUCUGUUGCUACUGUCCAGGCAUCCAGACAACAGACCAUUAUUCCUCCAACAAGAACAGAGGCUGCUGUCCUUAGUUAUGAGUCAAAUACUCGACCAGCAAGUGGCGGCACUCAUAUCCCGCGUUCUAUUCCAGUGUUCCAGAAAUACACCGUCUCCUUUUACCCAGUAGUAAAGACAAGUCCCGUAACAAUAACACUAACAAUAAUAUUCUUCCAAAUUUCUUCUUUUAAUUUUCGUUUAACAGCUUAAAAAUAAUAUUUCGAAUUACAGAAAGAUAGCUUAGACUAUUUUAAACAAGUUUUUCCCUGGAAACUUUUUUGUAAUUUUUAUGAUCAGUUGACAAAACAAAAAUAUAUAUUAAAAAAAAAAAAAUUUAAAUCCUUAGACAAAUCAAACAAAGAGACUGACCGUGUGAUUGUUUUUAGUAUUUUUCAAGCUAAUCAAUAAUAUGUUAAUUCCUUUAUUAUUGAGGUUUUGUUAAUAUUUAUAUUAUAGCUUAUACAUAGUUAACAUUUUUCGCAUUAAAUAUUGUGUAAAUAAUAAAAACAAUUUUUUUUUUUAUAUGUAUAAAUGUCCCAAAUAAUUUUGUGGGGGUUAUUAUAAAUUAGUCAAAAC